AUGAUUUGGGGAUUAUCAGUUUCUAUCACACUGUUGGGUUUAGCAUCCCUUGCGAAAAGUGGACACACAGUAUACCUACUCCUCAGCGAAUUCAAGUUGGAGAACGACAGCAUUGAUCAUUUUACCAUACCGUACACACUCAUCGCGCAGAUUCUCUUGUGCUCUUUGGUGACCAUGUACGGUGGAAGCAAAUUGUUUCUCAAUUUCAAAAAUAUCAGCGAUAAUGUAUCUACAAACUUUGACAAUUAUGAUUGGGACAAAAAACACGCGAGGAAAAGCUAUCGCCCGUGCUUUAACAGAAAACAUUUUAUAAAAAAUUAUGCAAAAGAUUUCCUCCUUAAAUCGAUUUGA